UGUUCAAGGCUGACCCAACCGCUACUGUGGAGAAAGAGAUCAGCCGUGUCGGGCCCGGGGGCUAUUUCGGACUGGAUGUGCACGCGUUUGAGCGGCUGAUGGGCCCCUGCAUGGACAUCAUGAAGCGCAACAUCGGCCACUACGAGUCGCAGCUGCUGCACAUAUUUGGGGACAAGGCCAACAUCUCGGACCUGCGGUGAAGACGGCGCCGGCCCUAGAAACAUAGAUCUAUUUUUUUUCCCGUUAUCUCAGAAUGUGACGAUGAUUAAUUAACUUUCUCGUAGUUCCUCCUCUAGUAAAUGAACUUUUGGUUUACCGCAUCAUUUUUUAAUUUUUUUGUUUAAUUUUUGUUUGUUUUUGUUUUGUUUUGUUUUUUCUUUUAAUUUUUCAUUUGUAUUCCACGCAUGUAAGAGAGAGAGAGAGAGAGAGAGUGAAAGGGGAUGGAAGGAGAGAGACAGUGAGAGAGAGAAUGUGGAAGAUUUUGAUUAAAAGGUGCUGAGUGGCCUUACGACUGCGUUUUCAUGAAUGUGACUAUAUGUGUGUUGUUAGUCAGUGUGUUUGUUAUUGUUUUUGUGUCGUGGGAUAGUGUGUCUGUCAGUGUGUCUGUCGCGGUGUGUCGCUGUGCACUUUUCUGUUUCUCUGCUAGGUGGAUAUGGCAUGUGUGUAUUUAUACAUAUCUCAAUGUUAUGUUGCCUCGUAAUCUCGAGAGAAACUUGUGUUUGCUCUCCACUGAUGUUGGAAUUACCAAAUGUUUGCAGUCAGGCGUUUGCUAUUCAUUUUGUUGUUUGCACUUUCGUAGCUCCCUAUGUUUAUAUAAAUUAUAUGUUUCAUAGCACUGCAGUGGUCGGGCCCAGGUUCGAAUCCCUCUUAAACAUUUUGCUGUCACAAGGCUCAUGUAGUGUGGGUGGUUGGCGGGUGCUCUGGUGUGGUCUGCUCCUUCUUUUCUGUCAAACAUCUAUCGUCCUUUUCUCUCCUCCUCCUUCUUUUUUGUGCUUGUUACUCUCUUGUAACACCUCUAAUCUUCGGCACUUAUAUGACCCCCUUAUUGUGUUGCAAAUGCCGUAAAAGUCUUACUAAAACUAAAGCACUCAGUAUUAGUGAUAGGAAACUCGGUGAAGUGCACUCUGUCGGCUUUUCUUGUUCUUUUCGCUCGCUCUCGUUCAUUUCGCUGUCUCUUCUUUCACUGCAGACCUUGCAAACUGGGGUCAGGUUAUCGUAGUGAGCAAUGGUCUACUUGUGUUAACUCAUUCUGUUUUUAAUUAACAGGUUUUUUGGCUGGACUUGGCUUUAGGUGUCAAUGUGUACAUCUUUGUGUGUGUGU